AUGGUAGUAUCUAGAAGAUUUAUUAUCAAUGGGGGCUGGCUGUUUUCGUUAGCAGCGACUGCUCUGGGUAACACGAAUUGGAAUUCGAGCUCGUCGAUACCUUCGGUGACGUUUCCGCCUCCUUCAGGAUAUGCUACAAAAGUCUACAAUGUUUCCGCCGCGACAACUGCAUUGCAGUACAACUACAGUAAUGAAGAGCUGGCCAUGCUAUGGAACCAAGUAGGCAAAAUUGCAAUUGGACCUAUCACAACCACAGUCUCUCCAACUCCAGAACCCUCAACAUAUCCCCGACCCGGAUCUUUACACCCACAGAUUCCGACAUACGACACUGAUCUCAAUUCCGCCCAAUUGCCAGGCAACUUCAUCUGGGGUUUGGCAUCCAGUGCCUACCAAGUUGAGGGAGCAGCAAAAGACGAAGGGAAGGGACCGUCAAUUUGGGACUUGAUUGCUCAUAGAGAUUAUGGAGUUGUUGCAGAUAAUUCUACCGGGGAUGUGGUGGCUAGCCAUUAUUACCUUUAUAAGCAGGAUUUCGCACGCCUUGCGAAUUUGGGGGUUCCAUAUUUCUCGCCGUCAUUUUCAUGGCCCAGAUUCUUCCCUUUUGGAAAUGGCCCAGUGAAUGAGGAAGGAGUGGCACAUUACGACGAUGUGAUUGCUAGCAUGGUUGCACUCGGAAUCAAGCCAGCAGUGACCCUGUUCCACUGGGAUACCCCACUCGCUCUCUUCAACUCGUACGGCGCCUGGACAGAUUCCCGAAUCGUGGACGACUUCUUCAACUACGCAACGUUCGUGAUCAGUCGUUACGACCAGUACGUUCCAAUCUGGUACACCUUCAACGAACCCCAAUACUGCAACUGGCAAUACAGCGUCUACCACGCCGGCAACGCCAAAGGGCUCUACCCGGCCUACCACGGAAUCACCGGUGGGCUGAAAGCUCGCAUCGCCUGCAGCCACUUCACCAUCCUCGCUCACGCCAAAGUCUCAAAAUGGUACCACGAAGUUUUCAAAGGAAAAGGACGAAUAACCUUCAAGAACUCAGGGAAUUACUACGAACCAAAUAACACAGCAUCCGCGGCCGAUAUCGACGCCGUAGCUCGACAAUAUGAGUUCAUACUAGGCUGGUUCGGCGGCUGCUGGCGCGAUGGCGAUUACUCUCCAAUGCUGAAAGCAACGCUCGGCUCCAUGCUCCCUACUUUCACGCAGGCGGAAAAAGACAUGAUUAAAGGAUCGUGCGACUUCUAUGCCAUCGACGGGUACACAGGCUACAUUGGCUACGGCAUCGACGGCGGCUCCGCUGCAUGCGCUGCCAAUUCUUCCGCUCCAGGAUAUCCGGAGUGUGCUGGGAGUAGCAGUGUAGGCGCUGAUGGCUUCCCUCUCGGUCCAGCUGCUGACAACGGCGUUAAUUGGUUGUGGAGUACGCCUGUUGCAAUACGAAAAUUCUUGAACACGAUUACGAAGGAGCUGUUUCCAACAAUUCCUGAUAUUGUGGUAAGUGAGUUUGGGUUCGCGGAGCCGUUUGAGGGACAGCAGAAGAGUCUCCCGGCGAUACUGUGGGAUUUGAGGAGAGCGGAUUAUUAUCAGGGGUUUUUGGAUAAUAUUCUUGCUGCGAAGGUUGAAGAUGGUGUCAAUGUGACUGGCGCCUUUGGAUGGGCGAUCUACGACAACUUCGAAUGGUUUGCUGGGAGCAGUGUCAAGUUUGGGAUGCAGUAUCUCAACCAGACAUCACUGGAACGAUAUCCUAAAGCUAGUAUGUUCCAAUUUCUGGACUGGUUUGCGCAGAAAGGGGGAGCGAGGUUGGGGUCGAGUAAGGCAGGCGGGAACGAGAGCGUGAUUCCGAACACCAAGUGA